GCCGCGAUGGCGGCGGCCUGGCCCGAGCUGGAGGCGGCGGCGCGGGAGCGGCGGCGGGAGCUGGCGCUGGCCGGCGCGGCCGUGGCGGAGCGGGUGGCGGCGGGCGGCGGGCGGCUGCCCGCGGCGCUGCUGGCGCUGCCGCUGCUGCAGUCGCUGGAGCUGAGCGGCUGCGCGGCGCUGCGGGAGCUGGGCCCGGGGCUGGCCGCCGCCCUGCCCGCCCUGCACACGCUGGUGCUGCGGGACAACGCGCUGGGCCCCGCCGGGCUGGGCGCGGGGCUGGGCGGGCCGCUGCCGGCCCUGCGCCUCCUGGACCUGUCCGGCAACGGCCUGGAGGCGCUGCCCCCCGCGCUGGGCGGGACGUGGGGCGCGGAGCCGGCGGCCCCCGCGGCGGGCCCGGCCUUCCCGCAGCUGCGCAGCCUCAACCUGAGCGGGAACCGGCUGCGGGAGCUGGGCCCGGGGCUGGCCCUCGCCGCGCCGCAGCUCCAGGCGCUGCUGCUGUCCGGGAACCGGCUGCGGGCGCUGCCCGGGGGGCUCCUGCCCCGCGCCGCGGCCAGCGCCGGCCCCUUCCCGCUCCUCAGCCGCCUGGAGGCCGCCGACAACGAGCUGGCGGAGCUGGGCGCGGACAUCGCCGCGCUGCCGGCCCUCAAGAGCCUGGAUGUGGCCAACAACCAGCUGCGGGAGCUGCCCGCCGCCCUGGCCGACUGCCCCCGGCUGAAGGAGGCCAACUUCAGGGGCAACCAGCUGAAGGACAAGCGUCUGGAGAAGAUGGUCAACGGCUGCCAGACGAAGGCCAUCCUGGAGUACCUGCGGGCCGGGGGCCGCGGGAAGGGGAAGGCCGAGAGCGGCAGGGAGGAGGCCAGGAAGAAGAAGAGAGAGAAACAGCAGAAGAAGGACGUUGGGGAUGGGGAGCAGGACGAGCUGGAAGAGGCGAGCAAGCUGCUGGUGAAGGUUCUGCACGUCUCUGAAAACCCAGCACCCUUGGUGGUCAAAGUGAGCCCGGGCAUCAAAGAUGUUCGAGCCUUCAUUGUGUGUUGUGUGCUGAAGGGAGUCAACUUAAAGCCAGGAAACGCUCUGAAGAGGUUCCUGUCCGCACAGACUAAACUGCACGAAGACAUCUGUGAGAAGCGGACAGCAGCCACAAUUGCCACGCAUGACUUGCAGCUGAUCAAAGGCCCCCUGACGUACGGCGUCCAGCCUCCUGAGGAGCUGAAGAUCACGCCCCUGGGUCGAAAGGAGAUCAAGGCAAAGGAUCUUCUCCGCCAGCUGCAGUUAGAAGCUGAGGAGCAACGGAAACAGAAGAAGAGGCAGAAUGUUUCUGGGUUGCACAGGUAUCUGCAGUUACUGGAUGGCAAAGACAACUACCCCUGUCUUGUAGAUGCCGAAGGCGUUGUGAUUUCUUUCCCACCAAUAACCAAUAGUGAGAAAACAAAGAUUAGGAAGGACACCCGUGAUCUGUUUCUGGAGGUGACAAGCGACACGAGUUUACAGAUAUGCAAAGAUGUCAUGGACACACUAAUUCUGAAAAUUGCAGAACUGAACAGAUUUACCCUGGAAAACAAGGAAGACUCGGGCUCAGAUAAUGAAUCUGAUGCUGUUGGUGGACCAGUGAAUCUGAACCACGGCCAAAGCGCGCAGCCGACAAGCCUCCCGUUGGUAGUGGAGCAGGUUCGAGUGGUGGACACGGAUGGAAACCUCAAAGUUCUUUACCCUUCAAAAACUGACCUAACCACAGUCUCCUCCCUUCUGACUGUCAUCCGUUAGCAGCAAUCCAAGCUAAGAAAAUGAUGCUGUUUUCUAUUUUCUCUCCAUGUUGAACAAUGCAAGCUGUGGGCAGGGCGGGGGUUUGGGCUUGUUAAAGGAAAGGUGCCAGGGCAUCUUCCCUGGGGAUGUGCAGGCUUCAAGGUCUGAUGGAGCUCUGGCCAGGAGCCUUACAUUCCUUCAGCCUUAAAGUCAUCGGUAUUCUGACAGGGGCAGAGAUAACAGCACCUUCCAGUGCAAACUAAAGGCAGAGAGGGCAUCGAGGUCAGGAUGCAUUAACAUGCAGAGAAAUGAUUGUGGCAGCUUGGCGUUUCUCAAGUGAGUGCAGUUGUGGUUUUGUGUGAGAACACUGAUUCUUCCUGGCAUGUUCCUGCUGGGUGAUUAUUUUGGCAGCUAAACUGAGAAAUCCAGUGAGUGACAGCAUUGAAGAGAGGCCACGUGCUGGGCUGCUCUGGCAGCAUCCCAUCCGGCCCAAGCUUGGGUUUGUAUCUCAAGCGAUUGGGAACAUUUAAUUGCUGUCAGAACCUGAGGAAUGCAUUUUAAAGUGAUGGUUUCAGUGUUCAGACAUUAGCACAGCUUCCAUUUUUAAGUGAAGGCUGCAGGGGUUUGUGUGUCCCAGUCCAUCUUAGAGCCAUCAUCCGCCCGUGUGGGAUUACCAGUUGUGGUGAUGUUGUUGUGUACCUGUUGAGUUACUGUGCAUCCAGCACUGAAUUUGUUACUGCUCAGGAAGUUCUCUGCUCAGAGCGCUAGUGCUGCCCUACAUCUGCACUACUCCAGCUUCCUGUCUUCCCAGAAUAGGAGCACUCUUGCACAGAGUGACUCUUCUGGAGCUUUCUGUCAUGUUCCCACCUGAGGAGAGUUGGGGACACCUUGGGGACCACCCCCCCAUAAGGGUGACUUUUCCCUGUUGAAUACAGAGCUCUAACUGAACUUCUAGAUGCCAUGUAAGAUACAUUCACCUGUUGGGACUUGCAUAUUGAGGGAAAAAAUAAAGAGUCCUUGCAGCCA